CACUCGACCCUGAGAGCGAGAGUGCACGCGCGAUUCCAGAUCUAAUCUCAGUGCACCUUGUGAAAUCGCGUGCGCUUUCAUCUUGCACGGUGCAAAGGUCUAAAAUCGAGCUCGUGGGUAGUUUUGUGCAAACAGUUCAUAACGUCCAGCUGCCCAGCUGCACGUUCACACGCGCUCCACGCUCGCUCGCGCUGACCAGCAGCCUCAGUGUUAGCACAUUUAAACUGUAUCUGAAUCUUUCCGAGUCUGGCAGACUGACGCGCACAGAUGUUGCCGUGUAGAGGCGUGCAGGCUCUGGCAGGAGGCAAACUCACUCCUCUCUAUCCCUGCAGGACCCUCUGCAGCCCCUCCAGCACGCUGCUCCGGAGAAAGAUGGCCGGGAACGACGCGUCCCCCCGCAGGGGGAAAGUGCUCACCGUGGACACCAUGAACGCCAACGUGAAGAAGGUGGAGUACGCCGUGCGUGGACCCAUAGUGCAGCGCGCGGUGCAGAUAGAGAAGGAGCUGAAGGAGGGAGUGAAGAAACCCUUUAAUGAAGUCAUCAAAGCCAAUAUUGGAGAUGCCCAUGCUAUGGGACAGCAGCCUAUCACCUUCUUCAGACAGGUGUUGGCACUGUGCUCUUAUCCAGAACUGCUCGACGAUAAUAAGUUUCCAGAAGAUGCCAAGAACCGUGCACGGCGCAUUCUCAAGGCGUGUGGAGGAAGCAGUAUUGGUGCAUACAGCGCUAGUCAGGGUAUAGACUGUGUGAGACAAGACGUUGCCCAAUACAUUGAACGUCGUGACGGUGGUAUAACAUGUGACCCGGACAACAUCUACCUAACCACGGGAGCCAGUGAUGGCAUUGUGACUAUACUGAAGUUACUGACCGCAGGAGAGGGACGUACGCGUACGGGUGUGAUGAUCUCGAUCCCGCAGUAUCCUCUCUAUUCUGCCGCUCUAGCUGAGCUUGGCGCUGUGCAGAUCAACUACUACCUAAACGAGGAGAAGAGCUGGAGUCUGGACAUCGACGAGCUGCAGCGCUCCCUAGAGGCCGCCAGAGAACACUGCAACCCCCGCGUCCUCUGCAUCAUCAACCCUGGCAAUCCCACAGGUCAGGUACAGAGCAGACAAUGCAUUGAGGACGUGAUCCGAUUCGCUGCAAAGGAGCAUCUCUUUCUCAUGGCCGAUGAGGUGUAUCAGGAUAACGUGUACGCCCAGGGCUGUGCAUUCCACUCUUUCAAGAAGGUGUUAUUUGAGAUGGGCCCCGAGUACUCCAGCACAGUGGAACUGGCCUCAUUCCACUCCACCUCCAAAUGCUACAUGGGAGAGUGUGGUUUUCGAGGUGGUUAUAUGGAGGUGAUCAACAUGGAUCCUGAAGUGAAGGCUCAGCUCACUAAGCUGGUGUCCGUGCGUUUGUGUCCUCCUGUGCCUGGCCAAGCGCUCAUGGCCCUGGUGACCAACCCUCCUCAGCCUGGAGAGCCAUCAUAUGCCCAGUUCAUUGCGGAGAGGACGGCCACGCUGAACAACCUGGCACAGAAGGCCAAGAUGACAGAGGAGAUUCUGAACACGGUAUCAGGGAUUAGGUGUAACCCAGUGCAGGGAGCCAUGUACUCUUUCCCCCGCAUCACGCUGCCCGAGCGUGCCAUAAAGGAGGCCAAGGCGAAGGGCCAGGUUCCAGAUAUGUUCUACUGUAUGAAGCUCCUGGAAGAAACAGGCAUUUGUUUAGUCCCUGGCAGCGGGUUUGGCCAAAAAGAGGGAACCUUUCACUUCAGAAUGACCAUCUUACCGCCCACUGAUAAACUACAGAUCAUGCUCAGCAAACUGAAGGAGUUCCAUGAACAGUUCACCCAGCAAUACUCUUAAACCCUCCCCCUUCAUCUUCCUAGACCAAUCACCUUUUCCUUAUGUUCAUGUUCCAACCAAAAAGUGCCUAAAGCUGUUUCUUACCUCGUGCCUUUUACAGAAUCAGCCAAAUGAGUCUGUUAGACUUUGAUAGACGAUUAUAUGCAGUACUGUCUUUAGGAAGCGAGAUCUCAGUUUCAUGAAACACCUUUUGCACUUCUGAACAUUAUUGUUACGGAGCUGUAAGUUAGGCCUGUCACAAUUAUGAAACUUUAACUGAUGAUUAAUUGCCAUAUAAAUAAGUGGGAAUUAUGAUUUAAUUGUUUUUCUUUUUUUGUUCUUUGUGUGCAACUUAUAAAGUACAAACCAUAAGUGGCUGAUUAGAUAUCUAUUUUAACAAACAUCAAAUGAACAAACAUUACUCACCACUGUCCUCUAAAGGUGUUAACAGAUA